UCCUUUCAUUCGCAUCAUGCGCAAGUUAGCAUCCCAGCUGACCACUUAUUUGUGCAGAAGAAGAAAACUAGGGAAUGUGCAAUCUCGCAAUUUCUCUUCAUCCAACUUUGGAAAAGGGCUGCUGAGCAAGCUUUGAAGCAUUGAAGUGAAAUCUUAUCAUCAAAGUGAAGAGGGAGAGGCAGCACUUGCUUAAACAAAACGGCGACCUAGUGCACGAAGCUUCCACUAAAGCAAGGUCUAGGGUGUGCAAGUUGUACCCAGCCUUAGCCCCAUUUUUGGAGAGACUGGUUCUAUGAUUCAAACAUGUGACAGCAGGGAUGACAACAAGUAGUCUUAUCAUUGGGCCAAGCCACCCUUUCUAGAGAGGACACUCGCUUAAAGAACCUGAUUAAGGAAGUAGUAGAGAUCAAUUCCAUUCCCAUGUUGAAUUCACCAGUUACAAUACCUUGACAACCAUAUGAGCGCUCCAUGGAAGAGGAGGCUGAAAGAAAAAUAGGAUGGUUCUUGAAACUGUUAUUUUUUGGGACUGGAACAGUUGUUGCUUACCAGUUUCUUCCAUACAUGGGAGAUAAUUUGAUGCAACAAUCUGUGUCACUUUUGCAUGUCAAGGAUCCUUUGUUUAAAAGGAUGGGAGCAUCUAGAUUAACCCAUUUUGCAAUAGAUGAUGAAAGAAGAACGAAGAUAGUGGAGAUGGGUGGGGCUGAAAAGCUUUUGAAUAUGCUAGGGGCUGCUGAGGAUGACCGAACACGGAAGGAAGCUUUGAAGGCUCUAGUUGCCCUCUCACCUUCAGAUGAAGCAACUAGAUUCCUACACCGUGCUGGAGCAAUUUCAGUAAUUAGGUCUACCCCAAAUUCCUCUGAGGACGCGGAAAUUGAGAAAUACAAGUUGAGCUUGCUGAAUAGAUUCCAAGAUUUGAGAUUUGAUGUUUCAUCUUGAAUUGUGAUGGAAGGUACAAAGAACUCUUUCAACUGUGGGCUUGAUAAACCCCAUAUGGUGCAGGGGUCAUUAUGUUGUAAAGGCCAGAUGGAAGGUAUUUGUUCAAUGAAAUUGAAAGAUUUGGAACUUCAUGCCUCGAUCAACAGACUUCGUUUCUCAAACUGCAAAUUUGUGUGCACAUUGUUGCAUCUGUUUUUGAUCCGGUGAAUCAUGACAGCAUUUUCUCCCCCAUAAGAUUUACUGGAUAUAAAUGGAAGUCAUGGUGAUAAGAUAUUCAUUCAAAAAUCAUCUAUGCUGGGUAUCAUUAACAUGUUUGUUUCUUUUUAUUGUUUUUCCCCUUUUAUUUCAGUGAAAAUUUUAUUGGCUCAA